CUAUURWGRSACCAAGAAAUAACUCCAACUUCUURCCAAACAUGACAUGCACUUGGAACAUCACAGCUCCUGUUGGCAAUAUUGUGGUUUUGGAKAUUUUAGUAKUUGAYUACACUGCAAAUAAAACUGUAUGCCAARAAGGCGAAAUGUUUGAUGUUUUUGAUGGUCCAAGUACUUCAAGCAAAUUACUCUAUAAUAGUUGUAAUAAUCCACAGUGGGGAUCAACAAGAAAGAUGUUCUUUACAAAUGGUCCUUAUGCCCUUAUUGAAUAUAAAACAACAUCCAACGUCAAUAAUGUCACCAGUGGAUUUAAGGCAUGGAGAGUAACUAUAUCCAGCCUUGAAAAGACAAACUGUGCAAAUGGAUUAGUCACCAACCUUACAGCKUCUACAAACACGAACAACAUCACCAGUCCAUACUACGACAGCUAUAGUUAUCCAAAAGAUUCUCACUGUGAGUGGAGGAUUACUGCUCCUCCUGGAUAUAUCAUUAAGCUWGAGUUUAAGGGCACCUUGUCKUGCAGUGAUGAUAUACUGAAGAUUUAUGACCUAGARCGAAAUGACCUCAAGGAUCCCGUUGAAAAURUUUGCGGUUCUGUAACUUUACGCAAAAUGACUUCUUUGGGGAACGCCAUGUACAUUAAGUUCUUGAGCAAUUCAACCGAGRUUUCUCUAKUCAAACACWAUUUCAUCAUUUACUAUACUGCCUUUUUGCCAGGUACUUCUUGCUCCCCAAGUAAUACUGCUGACCAAAAUCAGAACAUUCUCAUUCGAGCACCAAACAAAGGAACUAUACAGUCUUUGAAUUUCCCCAACAAGUUCCCUCGCAAUCUUGACUGUAAAUGGAAGUUGAUAGCCCCUAGUGGUUAUGCCAUCAACCUUAAUAUGAAUACAGCUGACAUAGACGUCAAAUCAGGUUGCGGAUACAGUCAUUAUCUGCGAAUAUACGAUGGAUUCAAAGAAAGAGCUAGUCCAUAUCUGGGAUAUGUUAGGUGCCGCUUUUCCUACGAUAGACAUCGGCCUUCUUUUUACGCACUUUCGAGUGGAAAUAAGAUGAGGAUCGAAUUUAAGACUGGAAGUGGUGAACCCACMGGAUAUGGUUUUCAAGGAAAUUAUACUUUUGAACCACUUGRUGUAAGUGGAUCUUGCGGAGAAGGUCGAACUGGUACCAUACAUUUACGAGGACAAAGUGCAUCAUUCCACUCACCGGGUUACCAAUUCCUGGACACGCCCAAACACCCGAAAAACAUGACCUGCAUUUGGAACAUAACAGUUGACCCAGGGUAUACCAUUCUCCUUAGUGCCAAGGAAAACAAACUCGGSAUCGGAUGCAGCUCUGAAUACGCAAAGGUGUACGAUGGUGCAAGACUGAGUAGUGAAUUACUCGGAACCAUGUGCAAAGGGAAAAGUUUUGAUGUUUUACAGUCAUCAGGAAACAAUAUGAUUGUUGAGAUGAAGACUGCUUCAUCGGACCAACGUGGUAAAGGAAUUCUUAUGAUGUUCAGGGCUGUUAAGUAUGAGAAAUUUGAUUUUCAUURUACUUACGACAACUAUGUCUURAAAAUUAAAAAUAAAAAGACCGCUACAGUGAUGAGUCCGUGGUACCCAGUGGGAUACCCGAAUAAUGCUCGAUGUUAUUACCGAUUUGAUGCACCAUUUGCCUCCAUUGCAAAGGUCAACAUWWCAAUGUUUCAUAUACAAGAGUCCAAGAACUGCGAAGCCGAUCGUGUAAGGGUAACUGAUUCCUUAGAUGAGAUUGGUGUAUUCUGUGGUAAAAAGGAUGCUCCUCUUCAUCUGACAUCAUCUAGCCCUAACCUGAUUAUUGAUUUUAAGAGUGACUGGAGAUAUAGCCAGUAUCCUGGAUUUAAAGCUGUUUUUUAUUACGUGGAAGACGAGUCAUUUGGACCCUGCAAAAUUCAAAAUMAAGACAACCUGUUUAAUGUGAACGCAAGCAGUGGUGGUGUUUUUUACUCUCCUCAAUUUCCCAAAAAUAUACCGGCAAACAUGAUGUGCACAUGGGUGAUAACUGCCCCAGAAGGACAACACACUCGUCUGGACUUUCAUACAUUCGACCUGGACUAUUCUUGUAGUGGGAAAUCGCAACUUGAAGUAAGAGAUGGGGCAUCAUCGACGAGUAAAAAAUUGGGAACUUACUGUAGUAAAAAUGCUCCGAAAUCGAUUUUUUCUCUGGGAAGACACCUUUGGGUUCGAUUUACUUCAGUUCAACGAGGCUUUGUGGACAAGGGGUUCAAUGCUUCCUACAGCACAGUCGGAACACUUCCUUUAUUCACAUCAUGCAAAGACGGCAAUCUGAAAAAGAUCAAGUCUUCUUCUGGUGAAUUUGCAAGUCAUAACUACCCUUUGGAAUAUAAUAACGACAUGGAAUGCAAAUGGCAAAUCACAGUYCCUGAUGGCAAAAGGGUCAAGCUUACUUUUGAAUCGUUUAACCUUGAAGAAUCUUCUGGAUGUUCUGAGGAUUUCGUUGAGGUGUUCGAUGGAAUGACCAAAUAUGCCGAUUCACUUGGUAAAUUUUGUGGUGGUACAAAACCAGAACCUAUUUAUUCCGAUGGUACGUGGAUGUACAUUCGAUUCAAGACCAACAACAAGGGACAAUACCCAGGAUUCAACGCGUCGUUUGAAGCCGUUUUAUCAGUUAAGUCUAUAAUCAUGAUUGUCAUGUUCACCUUGCUUGGUGUUGGUGCUCUCUGUUCCAUCAUUGGUUGGUGUUGCAAGGGAAGAGUGUACUCCCACAACCCAGAUCCGAGUCCUCUAGAGGGUGCACCGUCCACUGCAGGCUCAAAUAUGGAACUCGCCCCAAAGUAGCUAGACGUUUACUCUGGCUAAUAAUMGUUAUUGGCUAUUAAUAGUUUUUGAUUUUAUUCAUGAUUUAAACUCGUGAUGUCGUUUUGCACCUCUUAUACUACCAGCAAGGGCGGUUGUACAAAGGCUCAGUGGCGCUACCAGAUAAAUGAUUAUCCAAUAGAUCUGCAAAUCCAUACAAAUUCUAUGGAGUGGAUAAGUUGAACCGAUGUAUAAUUGUGUAUGAUAGCUUUAUCUGACAUUUGUACAAACGCCUCAGUCUACAUGGAUAUCAACAAGUGACGUUCUUAAUUCAUUUAAUUGUUCGUUUCGUUGCUGCAGCUUUCGUUAUUCUAUAGUCAACUCUAUCGUAAGCGAACACCUCGGGAUCAGGAAAAACUGGUCGUUUACGAGAGAUGGUCGUUUACGUUUACGUUUUUUUGAGAGUUUAUAUGAGAAACUGAACAAAACGGGAAAUUUAAAAAGGUGGUCGCUUACGGGAGAUGGUC